UCAAUUUCAUACUUUAGAGUUCAGCCAAAAGCUUCUGAAAAAAAAAAAAAAAAAAACUAGGCAUUUCAUUUCAAAGCUUUCUAGUGAAAGAAAUUCAGAUGGCAGAGAAGAACCAGCAAUUUGCAGCGGCCAAUGGCUACUCCAGAAACGAUUCAGAAUCUGCCACAUUGCAAUCCGAGGAGGAGCUGAAACGCCAGAAGAGAAUCAAAAUGGCCAUAUAUAUUAGUAUUUUUGUUGUUUUUCAGAUCAUAGUUAUUACCACAAUGAGUUUGACUGUGAUGAAAGUUAAGACCCCCAAGUUCAGGCUAGGCAGCGAAAUCAACGUCCAAAGCUUCGAAUCUGUCCCCGCAACGCCUUCAUUCGACAUGAAAUUCACAACCCAAAUCAGGAUCAAGAACUCAGCCAACUGGGGUUCCUACAAGUUCAAUACUGCCAAUGUCACGUUUCAAUACCAAGGUGCGACUGUGGGAGUAAUUGAUAUCGCAAAGGGCAAGGUUGGAUGGCUUUCGACCAUAAAAAGAAAUGCGGAGGUGAGUUUGAGUUCAAGUGGAUUAACUGGUUCAAAUCUUGGAAGCGAAUUGAGCAGCGGGGUGUUGACGCUCAAUAGCGUAGGCAGAUUGAAUGGAAAAGUAGCAAUUAUGUUCAUAAUGAAGAAGAAGAAGGCUACCAACAUGAACUGCACCAUAGUUUUCGAUGUGGCAGCCAAGACCCUCAAAUCUUUAGAAUGCAAGUGAUCAGCCAGCAUUUAAUUUUCGAGAUGAAGACUAGUUCUUCAUUUGUGAUUCUGUUUUAUUAUUAUUUUUUCAUUUUCUAGUUUUGUUAUAUGUUUGAAUC